CGGAGGGCGAGCUGGCCGAGCGCCGCCUGAGGGGCUUCGUCUGCCGCGGCCGGCCAUGCCCCUGGCCGGGCUGCGGGCGCGGAGAGGGACCGGGGGAGGCGGCGGCCGCCCGCGCUGAGCCGGCGCCCAUGUUCUCCUGCUUCUGCUUCAGCGUCCAGCCGCGCUCGCUCGGCGGUCCCGCGCUGCCCGGAGAUGAAAACAAGGAAAACUACCCAGACAAAGCUGUGGUCUUAGAGGAAAAGCAGGCAGUGUUCCAAGACACGCAGACCCCCUGCGAUGGCACCUUAAGAGUUGGAAUGGGGAACUUAAAAUCCAGGAAGCCCACCUCUUUGCCAAAAACAGAAAAUGGGAAAAACCACGAAGAAAGUCAGGAGAUGGGAAGUGCUGCGUCAUGGCUGUCAGACUGUCAGAGGAAAACAGGGACAUCAACUCGGGAUUAUGCUGAGAACGAAACUCUCAGAUACCAGGAAACAGUCCUCAGGAUUCAACCCAGGACAGAUCAAAGUGCAUUCAUUUCACCAAACGAUGCUGCUGGACAUUUGCAAAAGCUCACUGAGGAAGACAGUCCUCAGCUGGCGGCUUCAGAGGAACCAGCCUCUUCCUCCACCUCAACCAGCAUGCAUGCUGACAGGGAUUAUUGUGGUGAGCCUGCACAGGACUACCAAGAAGGCCUGGCCGAGGCAGACCCCGGACGGGAAGACCAGGACACUUUAGGGACUUGCAGGCUGCUGCAUCACAUCACGGAUGGAGAUUAUCCUCUAUUGUCUCCUCGCUGCUCUAUUUUCAGCCAAAGCCAGAGGUUUAACUUAGAUCCUGAAUCGGCUCCUUCCCCGCCAAGCGCUCAGCAAUUCAUGUUGCCAAGGAGUUCCUCCAGAGGCAGCUGUGAGGACAGCGAAGUGCCCCAGACCGUGGUACAACUUACAAAACACUUGCAAAGCCUGAAGAGGAAAAUCAGGAAAUAUGAAGAGAAGUUUGAGCAAGAGAAGAAUUAUCGGCCUUCCCAUGCUGACAAAAUAUCAAAUCCUGAAGUAUUGAAAUGGAUGAAUGACCUGGCCAAAAGUCGUAAACAGCUGAAAGAGCUGAAACUCAGAAUGUCGGAAGAACAAAGCUUUCCCCUCAAAAGAACCCAAAGGAACUUUCAUCGUGAGAGCUCCAAAGAGACCAGGAAGCCGGAUUCAGCCGAUUCCCCCACCAGCCCUUCCGUGGAGGAAACCAUGGGUGCGGUGAUGAAACAACUGAAGGAGAAGCGACAGCAGUUCAACCUCCCUGAGAACAUUAAGGUUAGCCAGCAAGACAGGACUCUGAUGAAGCCUCUUUAUGAAAGAUACAGAAUUAUAAAGCAGCUUCUGUCGACACCAUCUUUGAUUACAACUAUUGAGGAGGAAGAUUCUGAUGAAGAACCUCCACAGAGUAGCUCCACUGGGUCUCUCCAUUGGCCUCCUGAAGGACACAGGGGUUACUCGGAUGAGGAGAACGAGCCUGCCUUUGUUUCACCUCUGGAUGAAAAGAAAGUGAUCAGACAGCCUACCCUCUCAAUGUCCAAUUUACACGAGGCCACUAUGCCUGUGCUUCUAGAACACCUCCGAGAAACUAGAGCUGACAAGAAAAGGAUAAGGAAAGUGCUGCGGGAAUUUGAGGAAGAAUUCUUUAGACAAACAGGAAGGAGUCCCCAGAAGGAAGACCGGGUCCCCAUGUCAGAAGAAUACUUGGAGUACAAGCACAUCAAGGCCAAGCUCCGCCUCCUGGAGGUGCUCAUCAGCAAGCACGAUGUCUCCAAAACCAUCUGAAGCCAGUGGUUUGCCACAGUAAAACUUCCUGAUGAAAGGAAAGGGAACCCCGGGCUCUUUACUACACAGUGCUUCUCUGUUGCGCUUCCUUAUGGUGAUAAUGCUGGAGGUGAGCGCAGGAGAAGGGUCUGCUCAAGGAAGGAGGGACUGAAUGGAUGGCAGGAGCUUCCCUGUGAAUUGUCCCUGUUUUCACCUGGACGUUUGCCUCUUGCUGAGCCAAAGGGAAGCGCAGCCCUAUGCAGUUUCAGGAAGGUGGCUUGGGGAGCCCCCUGGGUCUCUCAAAGCGCUGCUGGAACAUAGUUUGGAUGCCUGAUGUCCAAACUAUCUGGACACUGUGGUUUGGGUCACUAUGCUCAAAACAUUGGAAGGGCAAAGGAGCAAACAAGAUGAGCUGUUUCUUUGACCUGUGCUUCCCAAAGGGAAGCCUAUGCCUAUACAGCUGGGCUACGCUGGUAUGCCUGAAAUAUCAAUUCUUGAAGGGCAGAAUCUCAUAAUAAUGAAAUCCCUGUUCAAUUCACCUUUUAAAGCCUCAGAAGAAUUCAUUGCACAGUCUUGCACAACGGCCUGGGCCUCUCCCCUCCAAUUUCCCCCAAUCCUGUGAUAUUCCGGCAAUCUCACCCUGAGGUCUCAUGAGAUUUCACACAAGAACCACAAAAUGACAAAUCUCUUGUGAGAUUUUUGCCGUUCUGGCAUUGAAAUCUCAUGAGAUUUUGUAUGGGAUUGUUGAAAUUUUCCAAGAUUCGGCAAUCUUGUGAAAGGGCCAAUUCAGGAGUCUUGGCAUCACCCACUGCCUGCCUCUCACCAAUGCUGUGGGUAUGAAUGCUGUAAUUCCAUGCCAGUAACAACAGCAAGCAGCGACAUCUGGUAGAAGCUGUAAUGAUGUCCUUCUCAUCAUGAUGUCACGAAUUAUGUAAUUUGGGUCAGUCACCUGAUGCAAAUUAAAUAAUUCAGACCUCUUCUGUGGUGAUGUCACUUCCUGUCUUGUCCCACUGGGGAUACCCAUGGCAGCAACUGCAAGCCAGAAUAUAUGGUGCUAAAGUAUGGAAUCCAGCUGUUGAGAAUCUCAACCUUUUCUCCAUCUCCCUUUCCCUCUUUGGUAAAGAUAAGAAGGCAGCGCUUGGUGCUCUUGAUGCCAAGAUCUGAGUGUGCUCAGUGACAUUUUCACAAUAAUUCAGCGUUCAAGGGCCAGUUGUGAGGAUUCGGGCCAUGAGACUAUUUCUCAGUCCCCAGGACUAAAUUAUGCAAUAAUUUUUAAAAGGGUGGAUGGACUGUUGUUCUGUGCACACUGAAAGAUGCUUUGGAAAUGCAGUUAUUUGCAGAGUUCAGCUUGCUGUAGAGAAAAGGUUGCGGUGGGGCUGUUGCGAAAGCUGGAUCGGUUUUGUGUUGAUCCAGCUGAAGUGUUUAUAUUGCAACUUCCAUCUCUGUCACGGGCAUCUGGAUAUCCGUGUUCCACCCCUUCCUCUGACUUUUCUGACCAUUAAAGAGGGAGGGAGGGAGGGAGGGAUUCGGACACGAUGCCUUUUGAGUGGCUGUACUGAGAAGCCCAGCAUUUGGAAACUCAUCUCUACAGACCUUCCCUGCCCUGCAGAGGCAUAGGACUUCGUUAGACCAUGGAUCAUUCAGCGAGCAAGAGACGUCUCCUUCCCAAAGUGAAAAUGGGUGGUCUUGGGAGACGGUUCUGCUCUGCCACUCAGGAACUGUGGGGGCGGUUUUGGGUGCGGCAAAGUUACCUAGAAUGACAGUGCAGGCUGUGAAAGUGGCAGAGAAGCACUGAGAACAGGAACUGUUCAGUUCAGGCUGGAAGGGCACCCUUUGGAAAACAGCUGGAUGGGCUUCUCUGCUACUUCUUGCUGAAGGAACUGAUUAUCUUCUGAAAUACGACCUCUGCAGGCACUUGACUAGAUUAGUGGUAGCCCGUUAGCCCAGGUACCUGAAUUUGCACAAAACUGUACCGGUAGUCCUUGACUUACGACCACCCUUGGGACUGAAACUUCUGUCUCUAAGCGAUGCAGUCGUUAGGUGAGUUGCACCCGAUUUUAUUACCUUUUUUGCUGCAAUCAUUAAGCAAAUCCAGCUUCCCCCAUUGACUUUGCUUGUUGGAAGCCCCUUGGGAAGAUUGCAAAAUGGCAAUCAUGUGACCCCGGAACGCUGCAACUGACAGAAAUACUUGCUGUUUGCCAAGUGCCUGAAUUUUGAUCGUGUGACUGUGGGGAUACCGUGACAGUCGUAAGUGCGAGGACCGGUUGUAAGUCACUUUGUUCAGUGCUCUCAUAACUUUGAACGGUCGUUAAAUGGAUGGUCGUAAGUCGAGGACCACCUGUACAACUACUUUUGGCUGAGUGCUGUGAAGUUCAACAUAGGAGUUCUCUUUGAAUUGCACUGUGAUGGUUACUAAGAGAAUAUGAACGUGGACUUAUGGGAAAAAUGUGGUGAAAAGAGGACCGGUUUCUCUCUUGUUCACCCCAACACUGCUUUUUGGCUUUAUAGAAUUGGCCCAAGCUUAUAGCAGAAGCUCCUCUGCUGAAGCAAAAGCACUAGAAGGGUAGCUUGUCUAGCCUCCAUGAUGACAUGGGGGGUCUAGAAAUAUGUUUGCAUACGUGUGUGGGUUCAAGUGUGCAUGUAGGUGUGCUGACUGAUUCUCUUCCAUCCCAGAGCCAAGGCUUGGGGAAACCCUACCUCCCCAUCUAUUCCAUAAAACUAGGGAGGAGCCACGCUCCUCUGGGCUUAAGCUGCAUGUGGGAAGCUUCUGGGUACCAAACGCCAUCAGCCCCAUGCACUGUACAAAUGGCCAGAGAUGCUCUAAUGCCCUCUGAAGGACUAUACUUUAGAUUCUUCACCUGUGGUUUAGAAGAUCCCGCCUGGGGAUUGUUGAGUAUGGAUUUUCCCUCUUCUCUUCCCACCUUAUCCUCUCCCUGCCCUCCUUAUCCAAGUCCUUGCUCGCCCUUCUUUCAUUUUCUCUUCCUCUUGUUCUGAAAAUUGGCCAUGGGAAAGGAAUGACUGAAAGGCAAUUCUGGAAGUCCCAAGACAUCAUAGUGGGGAAGGGGAUUCCCUGUGGAGAGAAAAGUUUCUCCUCUUUAUGAGGUCAGAGAUGGAAGUGAAGCAAGGGGGCAACCAGUCAUUUCCCCUCCAGCUUCAUUGCUGCCAGUUGCCAGCCAAGGGCUACGUGCCCACGGGUCAGCCCUUUGAGGUAGGCCAGGUCAGGAAACAGACUCCAAGUUUGACUGGAACCCUCCUUUAUUGAGAUAGGCUUGAGUUACAGAAUUUUGAAUACUGACUGAGUCUUCCCCUCUCACCCUUCCCCUUAUACUUCAGUGCAGUGUUUCUUAAUCUUGGCAGCUUUAAGAUGUGUGGACUUCAACUCCCAGAAUUCCCCAGCCUGUCAAGGCUGAGAAACACUGCACUAAUGAAAUAGGGAAGCAUCAGUCUAACUCUCUUUCUAGGCUUGGUCUGUUUCCCAGGCUUAAUGCAUGUUUUCCGAACCAUCCUCUCCGUCCAGCCUCCACAGGGUCAUUUCUGUGACUCUCUGCACCACAUCCUGUUCCAAGUCCUGGGGCUCCAUAGAAGCAGGAGGUCAGCAGGAGGUUUCGGAGAAGGGUUGCUUGGAGUUUUAAAACAAUUCGUGCAAGUUCGGAAGGUUCAUCCCCCACCCCCAACUGUAGAAAUGUUCCCUUUUGGCACUGCGCAUGUUGGCAUGCAUGUUGCUCCCUUUAUAAUUGGGGAUCAUUAAGUUAUUGGCUGCUUUUGAAUGGCUCAGGGCUAACCUUUGAUAUUACAUUAGGAGAAGGUUAUUCAGAUAUGGAAGGGUAAGGGAGGGAGGGAUUUAACUGCUCUAUCAAGCAUGUUAGUGGGGCUAUUUUAGGUAUGAAGACAUACAUGGCAAAGUUGUGAUACUAGUCUACUACUACUAGUCUACUACUUCCCCAUCCUUGUGUCUUGAUGAUGGGUUGGAUUAAACUCCCAUUAUUCCUAAAUACUAUGACAGUUGUAGACCAAGAUGUCAAGAAGAUACUUGUUUAGAGUAUCUUUGGAACUUUAGACCUGUGCCUUAAGAUCUGUCUUGGUACCCAUAACUAGUGAUAAUCAGAAAACAAUGUGAACUAAAGACACAAAUAAUAAAGUCAUAUAUACAGUCUUCCACUACAUGAGAACACCCCACCCCAGAUAUUUUCAGUUCCCAGAAUUUCCCACCUAACAGGGGCAUUGCUGAGAAUUCUUUCAGGAGAAGCCCAUAUAUGGAGAAGGUGCGCAAGAUGAGAACGACUGUAAGAACAGAACAGAACAAAAGUUGGUAUAUCCCAUUACUUUAAAGUUCUUUUAAACUAGGUUUUACCUUGCAUCUUCCAGAACAAAUCUCUCAACAAUGAUGGCUGGAAUUAGUUUGGUGGGUAAAUGUGUUUUGAUGUAGAUACUUUUUU